CACAUCUCGAAUUCUUUAUUUUCACAGAUGAUACCCGGAGACCAGACGGGAGAAGGAAAUUUAUCUUCAGUCGUGGAGUUUGUCCUCCUAGGGUUUUCUGACCUUCCAAACUUCCAGGGACUUCUAUUUGGAAUUUUCUUUCUCAUCUACAUAUUCAUCUUAACAGGAAAUGGUCUUAUCAUACUAAUUACGAGGGUGGACUCUGUUCUUCAAACACCCAUGUAUUUCUUUCUUGCAAAUUUUUCCUCCUUGGAAAUCUGUUAUGUGUCUGUCACUCUCCCCAGGAUUUUGGUCAAUCUUUGGACUCAGGAUAGAAGCAUUUCCAGGCUGGGCUGUGCCACUCAAAUGUGCUUCUUCCUUAUGCUCGGAGCCACUGAAUGUUUCCUGCUGGCAGUGAUGGCCUAUGACCGCUAUGUGGCCAUUUGUAACCCUCUGCACUACCCUCUAGUCAUGAACCACGAGUUGUGCCUCCAGCUGGCUGCCGGUGCCUGGAUCGGUGGAAUUCCAGUCCAGAUAGGACAAACGUGUCAGGUGUUCUCCCUGCCUUUUUGCGGUUCUAAUCAAAUCAAUCACUUCUUCUGUGACAUCCCCCCGUUGAUCAAGCUGGCCUGUGAGGACACCUCACUUAAUGAAAUGUGUGUCUAUGUAGUUGCUAUAUUAUUUGCCAUGAUUCCUUUUCUACUUAUACUAGGCUCUUAUGUGAAAAUUAUUUCCACCAUCCUGAAGUUUCCCUCAGCCAGGGGCCGGUCUAAAGCCUUCUCCACGUGUUCUUCCCAUCUCAUUGUGGUGCUUUUGUUCUUUGGCUCGGCUUCCAUCACCUACUUAAGGCCCAAAUCCAGUCAUUCUGCAGGAACUGACAAACUGCUCUCUCUUUUCUACACCAUAGUGACUCCGAUGUUUAACCCCAUGAUAUACAGCCUCAGGAACAAGGACGUGAUUGCAGCCCUGAAAAAAUUAUUACUCAAGAAAAGAGUGUGA